AUGGCAAUUAGAGGCCAUCCUCUCUUCUUCUUCCUACUCCUAUCCCUUCAGGCUAGCAUUUUGGCUAGUACUGAAGCUGCGAGCCAUCAUUUUUCUCCGCUCAAUCGGAGCAGUUUUCCAGCGGGCUUCGUAUUCGGGGCAGGCUCAUCUGCUUACCAGAGUGAAGGAGCAGCACUAAUAGAUGGCAGGGGACCUAGCAUAUGGGAUACAUUCACCCGCCAACAUCCAGAAAAAAUAUUCGAUCACAGUAACGGGGAUGUUGCAGAUGACAUGUAUCAUCGUUAUAAGGAAGACGUAGUUUUGAUGAAAAAAAUUGGAUUGGACGCGUUUAGAUUCUCAAUCUCAUGGUCCAGAAUAUUACCAAAGGGCAAGAUUAGUGGGGGAGUGAACCAGUUGGGUGUAAAAUUCUACAACAAUCUCAUUGAUGAACUUCUAGCAAAUGGUUUACAACCUUAUGUGACUCUAUUCCACUGGGAUCUUCCACAAGCUCUGGAAGAUGAGUAUGGAGGAUUCUUAAGUCCCAAGAUUGUGGAUGAUUAUCGUAAUUAUGUAGAUUUCUGCUUCAAAACAUUUGGAAACCGAGUUAAGCAUUGGUUCACUUUGAAUGAGCCGUAUGCAUAUACUCUAUUUGGAUACACAACCGGUACUUUUGCACCUGGUCGAUGUUCAAGCUACGCUGGGAAUUGCUCAUCAGGAAACUCUGCGACCGAACCCUAUAUAGUCGCCCACCAUUUGAUCCUUUCUCAUGCUGCUGGUGUAAAAUUGUACAGAGAGAAGUAUAAGCCUUAUCAAAAGGGUCAAAUUGGGGUAACACUAGUGACCCAUUGGUUUGUGCCAAUUUCACAGUCGACCACAAGCCGGAAGGCAGCUCAAAGGGCCAUUGAUUUCAUGCUUGGAUGGUUUUUGCAUCCAAUGACGUACGGUGAUUAUCCUCAUAUCAUGCGUUCUUUGGUGGGGAAUCGAUUGCCCAAAUUCACCGACUGGCAGUCCAAAAUGCUGCAGAAAUCUUAUGAUUUCCUUGGUGUAAAUUAUUAUACAUCAAACUAUGCAUCUAAUGUUAUGUUCUCCAACAGCGUUAACCUCAGCAUGUUUACAGAUAACCGAGCUAAUAUGACGACCGUCAAAAACGGGAUACCCAUUGGUCAACCGACUGACUUAAACUGGCUUUACAUAUAUCCCAAAGGAAUUCGAUCACUUAUGUUGUACAUCAAAGAUAAAUAUGGCAAUCCCCCAAUUUACAUCACUGAGAAUGGGAUUGCAGAAGCAAAUAAUAACACGUUGCCCAUUAAGGAAGCCUUGAAGGAUAAAGUGAGGAUAUUGUACCAUUAUGGUCAUUUAUCUCAUCUUUCAAAAGCUAUCAAGGAGGGAGCUGACCUGAAGGGGUACUUUUUAUGGUCAUUCCUGGACGACUUCGAAUGGGACGCUGGUUUCACAGUUAGGUUUGGCAUCAACUACGUAGAUUUUAAAAAUGGGUUGAAAAGAUAUCCCAAAUACUCUGCUUUUUGGUUCAAGAAGUUCCUCAAAAUGAAAUAAUUGGUAUACUUGGAAUGGAAGUUGGAUGAGUCAAUGGAGAGACAACGAGACAAUAGUCCCCUUUUUUUUUUCUUUUUUUUUUUUUUUUCCCUUAAGGACGCUAUAAUAAAAUUCUUUUUGUUUUUUCUUGUAAUGGCUUCAUCUUUGAAAAAUUAAAUAUUUUGUUGCGACUGAUUCAAGGAAUUUAGUUUUUUCUACUUAUUAUUAUUAAUUUUUUGGCGAAGAGAUAUAUAAAAUAAUACUUCUCAAACUUAGUAUAGAGUUAAUGUUCACUCAGAAUCUAAAGUGUAAUUUUUAAAGUGUCGCUCAUAUUCCUCCUUA